ACCGGAAGACGGGCCGAGUUGAUUCAACGUUGCCAAGCAGCAAUUUCUUCAGGCCGGGCACACCAAAUCGAUUGUUCGGUUGACAAAGGUCAAUGGCAUUCAAAGAAACUUGCUGAACAAAAUCAGAGUGGAACUACCAACAGUGAAGAUCCAUCACUUGUUCUUCAUGACUGGAAGGACUUUGAAAGCUUCAACCUGCCUCCCCUCUACAACUACGGGAAUGUGUACCGUUGGCUCGUUGAGUCUAUCCCAGCGGUAACAGCUCCUGGGACAGAAAGUGACGAUGAAACCGAUAACACAGAUGUGAUCACUGAAAAAUCCCUUCGUCGUGGGUGGCAGUAUGUUGAUUCUAACUUUGUGCAUUCUGUGAAAUUUGCCGAAAAAGGAAAUAUCAUGCACUACAAGUGUACUGUCGAGGCUUCCAUGAAAAACAUAAACUACACUGUCACUGUCGAACUGUCAUCAUUAAGUGGAGCUGUGAGAUCUGCUGGGUGCCAGUGCAAAGCAUCUGCUCUCGGACGUUGCAGUCACGUUGCUGCUUUGUUACUGCUCUUAACAAAGUAUGUAGUUGGUGCGGACAACAGUGGAAAGCCGGCCUGCACAGAGCUUCCAUGUCAAUGGAACAAAGGAAAAAAGAGAAAAACACCUGGACCUGUGAGUGAAAAAAUGUAUGGUAAGCGACCGUUAUCGAAUGUUAAAAGUUUCGAUCCACGACCGAAAGGAAGUAGUGUGACGGACAGUACCAUUAACAGUUUUCUGAACGAGUUGGCUGCUGCAAAUGUUGCAUCAGGUACUGUUAGUAUGUGGGAAACUGUAUUGUUACAUCAAUAUAGUGACUACCAGCUACCUGCUUGCCAUAGAGAGCUGCUGACUGCACAUAAAGACAGAUACCUCAGGAACCUGUCAGCACACACACCUCUGGGCUGCCAUAGUGCAAUGAUGGCUGGAACAGAGGAACAGUCCUCCUCAUCAUCUUGGGCAGCAGAACGAUACCUGAGAAUGACUGCCUCACAGAGUAAGGAGGUCCAUAAGCUGUGGCAACUUAUAAAAGACAAUGCUGAGCUCCCACCUUCAGUGAACCAGAGACUAUUGAACUUUGUCAGAAAGAAGGUGUGGGGCCUAGAUGUUGUGACAACAACAUAUAUGGAAAAUGGACUGAGGUAUGAAGAGACGGCGAGGACCUGCUACUUGGACUUCAAGCGUUGCAAUGCAGCAAACUACAGCUGUGUGAAGACAGGACUGUGGGUGUCGAGCCAGUUUCCUGAGCUGGCUUGUAGCCCUGAUGGACUUUCAUUUGACCCCCAGACGAAUGCGUUUGGUCUAGUGGAGAUUAAAGUGCUGAAGCUGCUUCAGUCGAUGUCACCACAGGAAUGUGUCCAGGCAGCAGAGAGUGGAGAGCUGAGUAGUUCUCGUCUGAGUAGCUCCUGUUUCCGGGUGAAGGAUGGACAGCUUGUCUUGGUGAGGUCCCAUCCAUACUACUACCAAAUCCAACAUCAGCUGGGGGUUGUUGGUCUUCAGUGGUGUGACUUUGUUUUGUGGUCAUCAAAGGGUGAGCCAUCAGUGGAGAGAAUACAGAGGGACGAUGGCUUUAUCAAGAUGAUUCUCGAGUCAAAUGUCAAAUUUUGGAAGUGUGUUAUCUUGCCUGAACUAAUCGAGAUGAGAGCUCCACGAAAUUUGGUUCCCUUUGUGCUGCAUGAUUUAUCCUAAUAUUUGAUCAACCAGUCACUGUGAUGAAUAUGAAAAAACAUGCCAUUUUCCAUAGUUCAUAACUGUACUUGCAAUAAUUGAAACUUUGGAUUUACUAAUUCACAGUAAGGCUUUUUCUAUUUGUUUUUUUUUUAUUUGUUUUUGUGCAGCUUUUUCCUUGGUGUAUGUGAGCAACUCAUUACCAUGUUUGAAAUGCUGCUAUUCAUUACCCUUACACUUUGAUGUUUUUUAACUUUGUGCUUUGAACUGUGGUUUUUUGUUCAUACAUUCCAGAAAAAAAACAAAAAAGUAUUUUCCUUUUUCCUUUAUUUUUUGUGAAUUAAAAAACAUGCAUGUAAA